GUGCAGAGUAGCUCAGCCUUGUAUAGCAGCUGGUUCCACGGCGUCUUCAAGAGCAUCGCACUCCAUGUGCGUUGCGUGGAUGUUGAAAUUGCGCUCUGCAGGUUGUAACCGCGGCAAGAACUCAACAUGUCGAACCCUCCCCACGACCCGUUCUAUUCCUCCCCAUUCGGACCCUUCUACAGAAGACACUCGCCAUACAUGGUCCAACCCGAGUAUAGGAUCUACGAGAUGAACAAACGACUACAAUCUCGUACUGAGGAGAGUGACAGUCUGUGGUGGGAUGCGUUUGCCACAGAGUUCUUUGAGGAGGACGCCACCCUGACCCUCUCCUUCUGUCUGGAGGAUGGACCAAAGAGAUACACUAUCGGACGAACACUCGUCCCGCGUUACUUCAGCACGGUGUUUGAGGGUGGCGUCACUGACCUGUACUACAUCCUCAAACACUCCAAGGAGUCCUUCCACAACUCCUGCAUCACUGUGGACUGUGAUCAGUGCACCAUGGUCACCCAGCAUGGUAAACCAAUGUUUACAAAGGUAUGCACAGAGGGUCGACUGAUUCUUGAAUUUGCCUUUGAUGACCUCAUGAGGAUCAAGACCUGGCACUUCACCAUCCGGCAGAACCGAGAACUCAUCCCCCGCAGCAUCCUGGCCAUGCACGCACAAGACCCCCAGGUUUUGGAGCAGCUCUCCAAAAACAUCACCCGCAUGGGGCUCACCAACUUCACCCUCAACUACCUCAGGCUGUGUGUCAUCCUGGAGCCCAUGCAGGAGCUCAUGUCCAGGCACAAGACCUACAACCUCAGCCCUAGGGACUGUCUGAAGACAUGCCUGUUCCAGAAGUGGCAGAGAAUGGUGGCCCCACCAGCUGGACACCCACAGAACUUCAAAACGGAAAUAUUCCCCACAAAUCACAAAAAAGGUCGCGCCAAAGCUGAGCCAACGAGACAGACGACGACGAAGAGGAGGAAAAGGAAGAACUCUGCCAGCAGCGCCAACAGCAGCGUGGGCAACGCCAACAGUAAGAAGAGAAGCCCUGCCAGCAACUUCAGCCUCUCCAGUCAGGUACCUGACGUGAUGGUGGUGGGCGAGCCCACCCUGAUGGGCGGGGAGUUCGGGGACGAGGAUGAGCGUCUGAUCACGCGUCUGGAGAACACGCAGUAUGAUGCCACCAACGGAUUGGACGACGAGGAUGACUUCAACGGCUCGCCUGCCCUCGGCAAUAACAGCCCGUGGGGCAGCAAGCCGCCCAACAACCAGGAUAGCAAGGCCGAGAGCACAGCGCCGCAGUCGUCACAGUAGAACACACAGAGACCAAGGAUACCAAGAGCACAGUCAGUGCCCCAACUCUCAUAUGUACACUUAGGGGACAUUUAACUCCAAUGGUUAAAUGUCACUAUUUUGUACAUUAUCUAAUGAGACCAUGUUGCCCUCACAGUAAAACACAGAGGGAAGAUUUAAAAAACUGUACAUAUUUUGCCCACUAGGGCAGAGCCCUCUAAAACCUCAAAUUGUACUGAAUUUAACCCUGUUGGCAAAUGUUUCCACAUCAUGGUCAAUGGUGUCACUAUCACUCAUCAUGGUCAAUCAUCUCCACCAAAUACCAGAACAAUUCUUCUCCAACUUCACUGUAACAUCCUGGAGAGAGACUGAGACAGAGAACUGACUGACAUUGCACAGCAAUAUCCAUACGAUAAAGACUACUUUUCCAUCCAAAUGCAUACAGGUUGUAUGCAUUGCAAUGAUGACAUUAAACAAUACUGGGUUUUAUUUUUUCAAUUUUUCCUAGAAUUCCUCUGUUUGGAUUUGGUGGGAAUUCCCAGUGUUAGGGAAGUUGUAAUUGCUCUGGGAAUGACACAAGGCCAGUGUCUUCAUCUGAAUUCUACUUCAUGGACACCUUCUCAUUCCUUGAGCUUUAACUGUAGUGGGAAUUCUGUGGUUGUUGCCCUUUUGACCUUUGAGCUGCAGGUUACGACCCCUCUGGGACAGUUGACAGUGGAAGUCAAAACAAAACAUCAAAAACAAAAUGUCUCUUUUAAGAGCAUCAGCCUCAAUGAGAACGAACCGGCAAGGUUUUACUCAGCCACCAAACUACACGAGACGUCGUCGUCUUGAGCAUUUGCAUUUUUAUUGGAAAAUAAUUUGGCUGUUGGUUUAUUUACAUUGUUGUUGUUUUUAUUUUUUCCAAUUUCCAAUUAAAAGGAAAGUGACUCUGUUUCACCACUAUGGACAACUUCAAGUGAGACACUCGUGUUCCAGGAUUUCCUUUCCAGAAUUACAGCAGUCGUCGCAGAUUGUUAUUUCAUGCAAACCUGUUCGAUUGUGUUUGUAGUCUAUUGGUGUUCUUUUGCUUCUCCCCAAAAUACUUUCCAAUCAGAUUUGUACGUUGCCAAUCAGUAUGUGAACUUUGCUGACAUACACCAAUGCAUUAAUGUUUUUUUUUCUUA